UGCCAGGCAGUGAGGCUGCAGGAGCGCAGGGCUUCUGGUGAAUUCUGGGCUGGGGGCCUGAGGGGAAGGUUCUGGGGGUGCCCAAGCCCACAUUGGGUGCCCAGGAGGCAGGGGGGUCCCUCCUGCUAAGGUUCUGCCCUCACAGGAGGCCGAGCGUCUCCAAACAGGCCGGGCCCAGCCCCUCGCCCUGGCCCUGCGGCCUAGGGUGGAACUAUGGCUUCUCUAGAAGCCCUUUCCGACCCCUGACCUCUGCCCCGAGCUGACCCCAGCCCCCUGGGCAGCCCUUCUGGGCAGCCUUCCGCCCCCAAGGCCUGGGCCUGGCUGAGCAGAGGCGGGGGCUCAGCCAUGGAAGUUUGGGCCCUCCUGCACUCCGUAGCCGGGCUCAGGGGCAGCUGCUUCCUGGGACCUGGGGUUCCUGCCUGGCCUGGGCUGGGUGAGGGGCAGCCGGCUCCCAGCCAGGGCAGCUCUGCGGACAUGGAUGUGUUCCAGAAGGUGGAGAAGAUCGGAGAGGGCACCUAUGGGGUGGUGUACAAGGCCAAGAACAAGGAGACAGGCCAGCUCGUGGCCCUCAAAAAGAUCAGGCUGGAUUUGGAGACUGAGGGCGUCCCAAGCACCGCCAUCAGGGAGAUCUCCCUACUCAAAGAGCUUAAGCACCCCAACAUUGUCAGGCUGCUGGACGUGGUGCACAGUGAGAAGAAGCUUUACCUGGUGUUUGAGUUCCUCAGCCAGGACCUGAAGAAGUACAUGGACUCCACCCCGGCCUCCGAGCUCCCCCUGCACUUAGUCAAGAGCUACCUCUUCCAGCUGCUGCAGGGGGUGAACUUCUGCCACUCCCAUCGGGUCAUCCACCGAGACCUGAAGCCCCAGAAUCUGCUCAUCAAUGAGUUGGGUGCCAUCAAGCUGGCUGACUUUGGACUGGCUCGAGCCUUCGGGGUGCCCCUACGCACCUACACCCACGAGGUGGUGACACUCUGGUAUCGUGCCCCCGAGAUCCUCUUGGGCAGCAAAUUCUAUUCGACAGCUGUGGAUGUCUGGAGCAUUGGUUGCAUCUUCGCAGAGAUGGUGACCCGCAGAGCCCUGUUUCCUGGCGACUCUGAGAUUGACCAGCUCUUUCGUAUCUUUCGGACCCUGGGGACACCCAGUGAAGCCAUAUGGCCAGGAGUCACCCAGCUGCCUGACUACAAGGGCAGCUUCCCCAAGUGGACCAGGAAGGGGCUGGAGGAGAUUGUGCCCAAUCUGGAGCCAGAGGGCAAGGACCUGCUCACGCAACUCCUGCAGUACGACCCGAGCCGACGGAUCUCAGCCAAGGCCGCCCUUGCCCAUCCGUACUUCUCGUCCACCGAGACCUCCCCAGCCCCGCGCCAGUGUAUGCUGGAGCGAUUCUGCCGCUGAGGACGUUUGAGGCCCCCCUCCCCCGCCUCAAAGCCUCUCUCCAGCUGCUGCCCCACCCACCUCCCCACCCACUUCCCAAGAAUGAGGACACACCUGGGGAGAGAGCAGUUGGGCAUCAGCUGUCAGAGGGCUGAGUCUGGGUUCGUCCCGCCAGCAGGUUAGCGAGUUCCUGUGUGGUUUGUUGGGUUUGACCGUGCCAAUUCAAGGUGAGGGCGCGGAAGCCCCGUGCGCGAGGGGCCCGUCAGCGGCCGGGUCUGCUGGCGCUGAAACAGCAGGUGCCAAGGCGAGCAGGAAGCCUGCCCGGGCGCCAGCAAGGCCCUCCUGGUGCCCUUCAGCUGCCCAGCCUUCAGCUGCAGAGCCAGACCCUGAGGGGGAGGGUUCCCCUGGCUGGUCUUCUGGAUUUAAAAUGUUUUGGGGAAGAGUUGAGUUCCAGUUAAGAGUCCCAAGUUAAGCAGGAAGCAGGGCUGGGGAGAGAGGACAUUCUCCUGACCCUGGGAGAGGUCCGGUGUGUGGCUGUUCUAAGUAGUUGUUCUGUCACCUAGGAUAUGCUUACGUUUGUUUGCCUCUGGCUUUAAGAACAGAAAAUAAAACUGAUAUAUUUCUGAA